AUGCUCGGCGACACCCGCUCUGAAACACAGCGCCAGCUCAGCCAGGCGUACGAGAUGAAAGGCAUGGCCGAGACGUACCUCGAGACUGCGCGCGAGGGGUUCCGCCGCGUGGUGGAGGGGUACGAAAGGAAGGUUCGAGUCAUCAACGAAGAGCUGAAUGAGCUGCGGCGCCAGCGGAUGGAGGAUGCGGAUAAGAUUAAACGCCAGGCCGUUGUCGUCGAGCAGCUACACCAUGAGAUGUCGCGGUCUGCACGUGCAGAAGGCAAGAUGGUGGAUUUGAUGCAGCGCUACAAGGAGGAGCAUCAGCGCGAUAUGCAGCGCUUGGUGGAGGAGGCAGAAUGUCUGCGCAGCCUCUUGCCGGAUAAAGAGAAUGCGGCGGAGAAGCUGGUGCAGGAAAUCAAGGCGCUCAAGGAUAAAAUGAGAUGGGUCAUCACCCAGUCUGAACGGCAACGCCAGACGGAGACGAGGGGGGAGGAGAGGGACCAGGAACAACAAUUGCCGCUGCGUUCGAGACCUCAGUCUCAGUCUCAGCCACAAUCGCAAUCGCAAUCGCAAUCGCAAAUUCAACAAGGCACGCCAAAACCGCAGAAGAAGAAACUCGCUGCUCCUUAG